AGGGGUUGGAACAUGACUGGACUGUUGUAUGAUCCUAUUCUCGGCAUCUAGCCCAUCCCAACACCUUUCCUAUUUCGGUUCUGACCUCCCAGUCAUAUCUUUUAGCUCACAGAUGACUUGUAUAUUAGCUUCCGUUUAUUCUAUGAAGUUCUCUAUGACUUCACUUUACCUUCUAGCCGAUUCUUCAGAGUUCUUCCAAGUCCUCAUGAUUCUUGUAAAUUUCACCUAUUGCCUUAUUUGUACUCUCUUAUCCUAUCUUCAUAUCUUUGGUAGAUUUCUACAGUACCGAAACUAGAUAGCCCA